GAGGCAGAAAGUGGGAAACAAAGGAGGAGCGGGGCUUGGUGAUUCAGUGUGGACUGACAGACAGAUCGGAGCAAGCUUGUAUGAAAUGCAUUGUUAAGGGUUGAACAGAACAUGCUCAUGUGUGAAAAAGUAAUAAUUGCCUGAAGAACUUUCCAAUCUGACUAGCUUCUAUUAAUUCAGAGGAGAGAGAGAGAAGGAGAAAGUGACUUGGGACCUAUUGGAAAACUCUUUGGUGUGGCCACCUUCACACACCAGGGUAAAUCUGGUCAUCAAUUCCUGUCACAAGUGAGAUGGUGAAAGACGCUGGAGAUCAUCAGGAAGAAAUCAAAAUGAAAGUCAGGAACUCAGCUGACGAUGCACAGCAGGAAGGAACGCAAGAUGCAUCGGCUGGAGGACUUGCCAAAGGGACAGCAGGAGCACCGCAAGGCAAUUUCUCAAAAAUUAUUGCCUACAUUCUCCUGGGACUCUUUGUUCUGCUGAUCAUAAUAUUUGUCGUUGGACUUCUGAAAUUUAAACAGAUAUCCAAUGAAAUUAAAGAUUUGAGGAAUGAUGUGACAGCCCAACUUGCCAACAUGAAGCAAGAGUUGGCCAAUGAAAUACACAGUAGCCGCAAACAGUUAUCCCAAAGGCAGACAAAUAUCCUGCAAGCUGUUGCAUCAGUCUCCGAAGAUAUGAAGCAGAGUCAGUCAAAGAUAAAAAAUGACAUUGCAAAUCUGGCUUAUCAAACACGCCGAGGACAUGACGACAUUACAGAUCAGCUGAAAGAGAUGAAGGAGAACUGUCAGCCCCAAUUCGAGUGUCCUGACCAAUGGACAGAAUUCCACCAAAAAUGUUACUACUUUUCACCCAACACGGAAGAUUGGUCAACAUCACAGAGAUUCUGCUUAUCGAAGAUGUCUAAUCUGGUUGUUAUUAACAGUGCCGAGGAACAGGGAUUUUUGAAUAAAGGAAUUGAAUCAAAUCGACACUGGAUUGGACUCAACGAGACAAAUAACAUGGAUAAUUGGGGUUGGGUGGAUGGAACACAAUAUAAUACUACAUUCAAGUUUUGGGCCCCCGGUGAACCAAAAGACCUUGGGAGUUAUGAAGCUUGUGGCGGUAUGAAGAGUGAUGGGAGAUGGAAUGUCUACUCGUGUAGUCAGAAACUGAACUACAUUUGUGAACGCCCAGUUUUCUGUCAUUUCAAAUAACUUGCUGCAUCAGGGAAAAACCUAAACUUAUUUUUGUUUCCAUAUCUACCUUCUGAUUUUAGAUAUGAAUCUUGGCCUCAUCAUUCAGGCUAACUCCCCUGCCCAAGGUACAAUAACCUCUCAUCUGUUUAAUUCCAGUUGUUCAAAAUACCAAAACAAACAGCACUUCUUACCCCUACCUUUAAGGCACAUCAGAAAGAAAUACAUGACAGAAUUUAGUUCUGCCUGUUUUUUUUCCUGCCUAGAAAACUUAUUUCAACCAAUUUUAUUGUAUUAUUCUGCUUAAUGUCAUGCUAUAGUAAUUGUUUGAACCAGGAAUGUGUGAGAAUUUUACAUUUUCUACUCAAUGUCCAUUCUGCCAGAGAUGAGCAUGUGCUAUAAAUUCUGAACACCAGCCACUUCAUGGCAAGCUUAGCUUUCUGUUUGUAUUCACCCUCCUCAAGUAUUUUCCAACUUGCAGACCUUUUUUGGGGAAUCCAAGCAAAGAGUGGUCCCCACAGCUAUCUCAUGGCACCUCCUCCCUGCUCUGAGGCACCGGGGCAUUUUUGCCUUUCACCUUUUGAAUUCUGGAGCCCAGGCUGUGAGUGUUAGUUAUGCUGGAACGAAACAUCAGCUGACUCCACUGCAAAAUCCUCCCUGAUGCCUUUUCUCGUUUUGAAUCUGGAAUAGCCCCUCUAUGUGAUAAAUGUGUGCAAGAAUUUAAACCUUUGCUUGUUUGGAAUGUUUACAGUGUGGAUCAGACCACUUCAAAUAAAACAAAAUACAAUUCUUUCA